AUGAGCAAUGAUAGUAUACCAAGAUCAAUUGUUAUGGACUUGGUUGAUGGUCUAUUAUGUUGUUUAAAGAAGGAUGCCAGGUAUGACCUUGUCAGUCCACAGAAAUUGCCAUCCGCGUCCACUUCAACUUCCACGUCCAUGUCCACGUCUAUGACUACGUCCAAGACCACGUCGACAACACCUGCUCAACUCUUAUUCACAUUGGCCACCAACAAUCAAACAUCAUUGUCAACAUCAACAUCAACAUCAUCAACAUCUUCACCAAGUAGGAUAAUUGCAUAUCGAAAGGAGACACGUUCACAUUGCUCGUCUGACGAGAACAACCUAAUUAUACAUAUUCAUAGUCCUGGUGAUACAUCAACAACAUCAACUACAUCAACUCAAACCUCAUCACCUCCAUUAUCAAUGAUGUCAACGACAAUUUGGCAACCAAGAGUAUUGAAACAAGUCAAGAAUGAUAGUUGUGGAUACUAUAGUUUGUUCAAUGGUAUAUCAGCUUACAAGGCCUGUGUCUCAGCAUCCUCAACCUCGAACAAUGACCCAUCCAGUGGCUCAGACAAUGACUCAUUGCAUUAUUUCAAUCGAAUGUUGUGCCGACCAUUGUUCUGGCACAUCUACUCAAUAUGUAUGAAUCUGCUGUUGGUCAAAUGUCGCGCCGCAAAGAAGUCAUACUAUCCAUGGAACGAGAAGUACAUUGUCAAAGGUGUAAUGGAACGUUGUUAUAUCGAUUACCUGUUGGAAAGUGAUAAUGUCUUGUCAAGACAACGUUAUCCAAUCACAGUGUUGCCAGAUUGGGCAAUAGACUCAUUACGCAACAAUCGUAUAUCCAUUGAAGAGAUCAAUGAGUUGCGAGAAGUGUCCAAACGAUUCAAGGAGCGACAGACCUACUCACAUGUCUUUAUGCUUGGCGUGGCAGUACAUUGGAUAUCAAUUGUGAUCAACAAGGUCAAUGCGAACGAACACGAGAUCAUCCUCAUGGACAGUCGCAACCACGACCUCCUCAACGGCACCGACGAGCACUUCCAAUCAAUCGUUGACAAACAUCCCGAAGUGCCCGAGAGGUUGCGCAAAGGUUACCUCCUCUCACUCAAAGAUCCAAAGUUUAUCGUCAAGAUAUUACAAGAUUGUAUUAUUGGUGAGAAGGACAUUGUCAAGGAGAUAAUUGAUAUCAAUUUGAAUGGAUUCUUGGAUAACUAUUAUAGUCUGGUGCAUCCUAUCAAUGAUUUUGCUUCAUUGCAUGAGUCAUUGGAUAUGACCGAUGUCAAGAUGGUACAACUCAUUCACUGGUUGGAGAACUAUUGGCCACCAUCAGUUAUUGAACAUAAUAUUUGCCAAGUACUUGAUUGUAUUAUCAAGAGUAAGGAUGAUAUACAUACUGUUUUGGAUAAGAAGACAUUGGAUUCAUUCUCAAAGUGGACUAAGGAGUUGUCAUCACAUAGUUUACACUCUUCCAAUGUACAUCUUUUGAAGAGAUUCUCCACAACUAUUGAAUGGUUCAAUGGAAAGUUCGGCUUCCAGUCCAAGAGGAUCUGA